AAUCAUAUUUUCUCAUAUAUAAACACCCUCCAUUUUCGCAUCGACAGUGAACAAGUUCAAGCUAAGCAUUCCUCAGAUCGUUGUACUCUCAGUCAGCUAUUACCAGAAAAAUUCUUAUUCAAUCAAGAAAAUGUCUUUGAUUCCAAGCAUCUUUGGAGCUCGCCGGAGCAACAUCUUCGACCCCUUCUCUCUUGACCUGUGGGAUCCUUUCCAAGGGUUCCCGUUUUCCAGCGCCGUCGCCAAUGCCCCCGGCGCCUCGGCGGGGGAAACAUCGGCCUUCGCCAACGCGCGUAUUGACUGGAAGGAGACGCCGGAGGCUCACGUAUUCAAGGCGGAUCUGCCAGGGCUGAAGAAGGAGGAGGUGAAGGUGGAAGUGGAGGAAGGGAGAGUUUUGCAGAUCAGCGGAGAGAGGAGCAGAGAGCAGGAGGAGAAGAACGAUAAGUGGCACCGUGUGGAGCGGAGCAGCGGUAAGUUCCUAAGGAGGUUCCGGCUGCCGGAGAAUGUGAAGAUGGAUGAGGUGAAAGCUUCGAUGGAGAAUGGAGUGCUAACUGUGACUGUUCCCAAAGAGGAAUUUAAGAAACCUAAAAUCAAAGCCGUUGAGAUCUCUAGUUAAACAUAUGAUUUCGUGUAUUUCAAAUUUUGGAUCAUUAAAUUGUGCGUAUUAUGAUCGAAAAUUCGUGCUUAAAAUCUUUGAUGUUUUCUUGUAAAAUGAAGAUAAAACUGUUUAUUUAAUUUUUAAUGAUCUUUUUUCUCUA